AUAGUACUAGAGUGCCUUAUAUAAUACGUUAAUAUGUUAGAGUGUGAAACAUACCUGGCAUGGAAAACAAUUGCUAACGGCUUUUCCUAAUUUCCUUUUGGUGAUGAGCCUUCAAGCAAUUGGGCAUCACUGGUAGUUGUCUUUGGUUCCGAGUCACACAGUAGUUCCAGUGGUUCCAGCUGCGAUAGCGCAUCGAUAACAGUGCCGCUUCGAUAAGCCAUUACAACCCUAGCUUGCCUUGAAAAUUGCAACUUGUUCGAUCAGCAAAUUAAAAAAUUACUUCACAUAAAGAGAUUAGCAAGAUGCCUGCCGACCAAAUACAAUAUUCGGAGAAGUACUUUGAUGAUAAUUUUGAGUACAGGCACGUAAUUUUGCCGGCUGAUUUGGCAAAACUUGUUCCGAAGGCUCAUCUGAUGACCGAAACUGAGUGGCGUAACUUAGGUGUGCAGCAGAGCCCUGGCUGGGUGCACUACAUGAUGCAUGCGCCGGAGCCGCAUGUUAUUCUAUUUCGGCGCAAGCGGGUUUCUCAGGAACCGGUCGCUGCGGCAAGCUCGCAGCCACAACAGACUACCGGCAGUAACAAUAAUACCAAAAACAACAAGAACAAUAAAAAUGUUAACGUAUGUGCCUAGUCCAAGUUAUGUUAUGGUUGUGCACUAGCGACGACGCAGGCGGAGAGGCUAAUGAACAACGCUUUUUAUAGAGACAGUAUUCCAUAAGAUUCCCAACGUCAUCAGACAACACUGAUGUAAAAUAAGUUUGCGGUAGCUUUAGCAACAUUUUGAUACCAUACUCACUACAUACAUAUAUACAUAAAUUACAUACGUAUUUACACAUAUGUAGACUAUUAAGUAGUCUGUAAGCUAUUGAGCGCGGCCAUUAAAAUAAUAUUUGUAUACGGA